ACCCCGUCUCUGCUGAGGGAGGCCGCAACGGCUGGGAAGGGGCUGCCGGCGGCCAAUGCGAAAUUGGUUGGUGCUUCUGUGCCCGUGUGCGGUCGGGGUCGUGCUGCACCUCUGGUUGCUUCUCCUCAGCUGCCCGGCUAGUGGCCCCGGCAAGCAGCACCCUGCAGGUCUACUGGCUUUCUUUCCUCACUGGAAACCAAAGCAUUAUGAUGUCAUCGUAGGGGUACUGUCUGCACGACAUAAUGAUGGGUUGCGGAAUGCUAUAAGGAACACUUGGUUUAGGCAUUUGAAGCAGCACUCAGGACUGAGCCAACGUGUCCUUGUGAAGUUUAUAAUUGGUGCACGUGGAUGUGAUGUGCCAGUGGAAGAUAGAGAAGAUCCUUAUUCAUGUAGACUUCUGAACAUUACUAACCCAGUUCUGAAUCAAGAAGUUGAAGCAUUCACUUUGCCAGAGGAUGAUACUUCAGUACUCUCAGAGGACGGAGUUGUCAGUGUGCAUUUCAAAGUCCUUUACCCAAUCGUCAUUACUAGUCUUGGAGUAUUCUACGAUGCUAAGGGCGUAGGAUUCCAGAGAAACAUCACAGUGAAAUUAUACCAGGCAGAACAGGAGGAGGCACUCUUCAGUGCUCGCUUUAGUCCACCUAGCUGUGGUGUGCAAGUGAACAGACUUUGGUACAAACCUGUAGAACAAUUCAUUCUGCCUGAGAGUUUUGAAGGCACUAUUGUGUGGGAAAGCCAGGAUCUCCAAGGCCUUGUUUCCAGAAAUCUUCAUAAAGUGAUGGUGAAUGAUGGCGGAGGUGUCUUCAGAAUCACUACGGCAGGGGAAGGGUCAUUGCCACAUGAAUUUACACAAGGUGUGGAGGGGAUCGCAGGAGGGUUUAUUUACACAAUUCAAGAAGGAGAAGUGCUCCAACAAAGCCUGCAGAGUCGCCCUGAAAGAUUCAUACAUCACAUAAGUAAACUUGAAGAGGAGGAUGCCUUAUUGAAGGAAGAAAGCAACACUUACGAUGAUAUUGUUUUUGUUGAUGUUGUUGAUACCUACAGAAAUGUUCCAGCCAAAUUACUGAAUUUCUAUCGAUGGACGGUAGAAGCAGCAAGUUUUGAUGUAUUGCUGAAGACAGAUGAUGACUGCUAUAUAGAUUUGGAGGCUGUGUUCAACAGAAUAAAGCUUAAAAGCUUGGGGAGACCAAAUACGUGGUGGGGAAAUUUCAGAUUAAAUUGGGCAGUCGACCGGACUGGGAAGUGGCAAGAACUAGAGUAUCCAAGUCCUGCAUAUCCAGCCUUUGCUUGUGGGUCUGGUUAUGUUAUUUCCAAAGACAUUGUAGAAUGGCUUGCAAGCAACUCAGAGAGACUAAAGAUAUAUCAGGGUGAAGAUGUGAGUAUGGGUAUUUGGAUGGCAGCCAUUGGGCCAAAACGAUAUCAGGACAAUCUUUGGUUAUGUGAGAAGACAUGUGAGAGUGGUAUGCUAUCCUCUCCUCAGUAUUCUCCAGAGGAACUUGCAGAGCUCUGGAAAAUAAAGGAACGAUGUGGAGAUCCCUGCAAAUGUGAAGAAAGAUGAAGUCUUGACAAAACAAAUUACAGCAUCAUCUGAACAACACUAUAGGAAAACCGGUAGAGUAUUCAGUGACGCAUUGGAGAAGAAAUGAAGGAGAAAGUCUCCAAGCAACUUCUAACAAAGGAAUUCCAUGAAUCUCCCCUGUAGUUUGUUGCUUGUGUCAAAUGUUGUGCUCCUACCCUACUGCUUACAUGCAAUGAGACAGGUAUGUACAUUCACUAUGGGUUGCAAACUACAGCCGGAAUUCACACAUUCUUCACAGAAGUGCUUCAUGUUGGUAAUUUGUCUUGUGUGAAGUAGCCCCUAGAGCAGUGUUUGCACAUUCUCCAUUCUUUUUCAUAAAGGGAUACUUUCCAUUUAGAACAUACUCCAGAAUAGUUUUACAAAGCCAAAUAUGAACGCAAAGCAACUUUCUUUACUAGUAAACUACGAAGUUUAACCCCUCUCAUGCAUUUCAUGUAUAAACAAAUAAGGAGGGUAGGCUUAGGGAUGCAGGUGUCCUACUGUAAGAAAAUUGUGCAAUUAAGCCUGCAGUUAUGUGCCAGUAUACCUUGCCUUAUA